ACAGUGGAUAGCCUGACAUUUGAUAAAGCUUUAGAAAUUCUGAUGUCGAGGAAUUUAAUUAAGUGAAAAAAUCAAGUGCUAAAAUAAUCUUUAAUAUCUAUACAGACGUAAAUAAAAGAAAAUAAAAAUUGUUAAUGCUUUAGAAUAUUUGUGAAACAUCGUUUAAGUUCCCGUAAUUUAAUCGUUUGUAAUCUACAAAGAAACAAGUGUGCUUUCGUUUUGUGUUAAGAUAGGAAGAAAAAAUGGCGCUUGCUGAGAUGUAAACAUGCCGUAAGAUAGCCAUCACAAUAAAUGUGUACACAAAAUCAAGUUUUCCUGGAGAAGUUUUUUUUUAAGAUUUUCGAACAUUAAGUAAAAGUAAAUACAAAGAUUUACAAUGAGUGAAUGUGUUUCACCAGCUGAGGAGCAAGAAAAUAAAAAUAAAUGCGGAGAUUUAGACAGUGGUAAUGCCACUGUUAUUUCGAAUGAACUUCUUUUGGUGGGAGAGUACAGUGGUGUUGAAAAAAUGGAUGAGCUGACUUCGUUAGAACGGGAGAUAGCGGAGUUACAUCACGUGGAGCCUACACAAAAUUUGGAAUACCAAAAUAAGGAUGUAAGUGGAGUAGGUGAAAGUCAAGAAUUUAAUAGUGACAAAAUACCUUCGGUAAAAUCAAAGCAAAUUGGAUCCCUCGACGGUAUUAAUUUUGAAGACGAUGUAAGUUUGCUGAAAUGUAAUCCUGUGAAUGAAGAUAAUAUACCGGAAAACAUUGGUUCAACUGCCCUAGAACAUGAAGAUUUGAUAGCUGUUUUGAAAGGUAUUGAUGAUCACAGUAAUGUUGUUUUGAAAGAAAUAAAAGACGAUGAUAAUGAAGAACAAUGCGGCCGAUCCCCAUCAGUUGCUGAAAGUGAGCUAGUUGAAGGAGUAACUAUUGAAGGUGAGGGUCAGUUUCAAAUUAUGGAGGUGGUCUAUGACGAACUAGACGAACAAGAGUCUAUACAAAAAGAAUUGGAGGCUCAGGAGAGCAUUGAAAAACCAUCACCAAAUUCUGGUUCUACCUCUGGGGGUGCUAUAUCACAUCUAACAAGUGAAGAAAUACGUGCAAUGGCAAUGGAGCAAAUAGCCGGUUUGAAUGCACGUGGUAAUGAUCGUCAGCGUAAACGUAAGCAAGAAAUUAAACCUUUACAAGUAGAGGAUAACAGUGAUUUAGUAACAUCGCUUGGUGCAGAUUGGAGUGACGACGACACUGAUUCGGAUAUGAAAGCAUCCACCAACUUAACCAAUGUACCAAAAAAUAGUGAGUUAAAACACAAGAAGCGUAUAAUAGAAUCCGAAGCGAAAAGCCAUGGCUCUGAACGUAAAGAACAAUCCAGUAACCCAACUGAACCGAUACAAAGUGACUCUGUAAUGGUGAAAAUUGAUUCAUUGAACUUAGAAACGUCUAAUGAAGCAAAAUCCAAUAUAUCUGAUGAAGCAAAUAAAACCACAGCAUCCCUUUUAAAGCCCGUUGUUGGAUUUAAGCGAACACGCGUUGUAAAACCUAAAGUUAUAUGGGAUCCGGACGCACCAGAAACUCAAAUAUCAUACGCUCAGCUCGCGCGCAAUAGCUCCAAAAUCAACAUACGCGUAGAUAAUCAAUCAAUAAAUACAUCUUCAACUUCUAAAAAAACUUCUUUGACGCCUACACUGAAAGGGAUUCGUGUAGAAGUCAGUAAAAAUCAGCAGCCUGAUUUGAAAGAAAAAAAAUCACCAAAUGGUUCUUCUUCUAGACAAAUUGAAGCAGAAAAUAAACUGCAAGUUCGUACAACAGACUUGAAAACAGGCUUAAGUACCAGUGGAUCUAAAGUUAAGCAAUUUACUUCGCUAUCGGCAACUUCUACGCAGUCAAAUAAAAAUAAGAAGGAUGAAGAGGAAAACACUUUAAAAACUCAUCUACCUGUUAAGCGUCGUUCGCAGACACCUGUUAUAAAUGGAGGAGGGUCGGGAUCUAAGAAAAAGCGAGGUAGUGAAAUUGACCGAUUGGUAAGUGAUGAGGGCGCUGCUAACAUGUUGCAUUCCCUGGAAAGCGAGAGAAGCAAACUGAUUGCAGAACAAGGUACCGACAAACCACAUAAACCUUUAAUGCGAAGUCGUGCUGCAACAAUUUCGGAGAGGAUUUUAAAGCCGGAAACAACCCCCACGACUCCUGGAAAAGUAUCAUCAGUGGCAUCUGGUAGUGGAGGGUUAAAGAACAAACGCACUAAUAAGCAAAAACCAUCCUCAACUUGGGAUUACGUUUACAAACAAAAAGCCACUGAGGAUGCAAUGAUCAUAAGAAGACGCUCCAAUAGCUCGUAUUCCAGUAACGCAUCACUACGGCGUUUGAGUUUGGAUGCUCCAGUUACAAAGGCCACCAACGGAAGCAAAAGCUUAUUGACGAAAAAUGCGCAACAAAAUACAACGCCAACUACAACAGUAAAAUUAAUUACAAGUAAUGCUGUAACAAAGACAACACAAAGGAGUUUAUUGAAAAGUUCAAAUGGAAAUAAUACAGCUGUAAAAGGUGCCGCAAAUACUGGAAAUGCCUUUGAGUUUGCUAAACCUGAAUCAAAAUCGCAUCAGAAGGGACAUCGGCGUAUAAAAGGCGGCUUCCAAAGUGAAGGACUUGCGACAAAUGAAGCAAAGAAGUCCAUGGGUGCACCAGGAGCAAGAAAGGGAUCUCGUAGCCCGGCUAAUGUUGAAGAGAAGGACAAAACCAAGAGUCCAACCGGGGGAAGCAAAGCUUCGAUAAAACAGUUAAAAGAUGAGUCUGUUGUUGCUGUUACUAUGUCCGAUGUUGUAGUAAAAAAGGUUGCAAAGGUUGCACAAAUAGCUUUCAAUACGCAGAAGGCAAAAAUCAAUUAUACUUUUACAACUCAGAUGCUUAAUAAGUUGGUUGACAUUUUAGAAAACUUGAGCAAAGAUGCUGAAUGCAAUGCUGUGGUGAUUACAACAAACGCACCCAAUUUCUGUUACGGCAUCGAUUUCACCGAUUUAACAACUGGUACUUUAGAAAAACGUAAACACUCCGCUGUACAAUUGGCAGCAGCGGUUAAGAAUUACCUGAAAACUUUGGCCUUGUUUCCAAAGCCUCUUAUUGCUGGUGUUAAUGGCAACAAUAUUGGAUUGGGUGUAAUGCAAUUGCCGUUGUUUGACAUUGUUAUAGGAAGUGACAAGGGCACAUAUGAAACUCCAUAUGCAAAAAUAGGGCAGGUGCCGGAAGGCUUCUGCAUUUGGAAUAAUAUAACGAAAAUACGUGAUAAUUAUAAAACGAAACUAUUCUGGUUGGGCGAGAAAUUACAUUCAACAGAGUCAGCAUUGUCUGGGUUAGUACAUAAACUUACCGCAUCCGGUAAAGUAAACGAUGAUGCAUUACUGACUGCCAAAAAGUUAGCUGCAACGUCAACAGAGUCUUAUCGAUUUAUGAAGAAAUCUAUUGUUAGUAAUUACACUAAAACUAUAAAUACUGCUUUGGACGAGGAAUUUGAUGUUAUUAUUGAGCAGUGGACAUCAGCAGAGUGUUAUGAAAGUUUCAAAAAGUAUUUGGAUUGUGGCCACUUUUAAAAAGUUUUUUUUUGCUCUUUAUCAUUUCCUAAUUUCUUAUUAAUUUGAAUUGCAUAAUUAAUCGUAAAUGUUUGAAUUGGACUCUAAUUAAAUUAAUGGCGUAUUUCUUAGGAAGGAUUUUAAUUACUCUUUUUCAGUUGUACAUGCAAUCAUGUAUGUGCUUACAUAUUUAGGAUAUAUAAAAAAUUGUAGGUAAUAAAUAUAUUUGACAUUAUGACGAAAGAAUAAUUUGUAAUCAGUCCAAAAUCAUUAUUAUACUUGAAGUUAUUCAUUUUUUUUUAUUAGAUUAUACACAAAAUUAGAAUAUACAAUUGCCAUUGCAUAUAUGUAUAGACAUAUGUAUUUGUUGAGAAAAAACGUGAAUUUCUUUUUACGAAAAUACAACCACGUUUAAAACAAGAAAACUUAAAUUAAUCAUUUACAUUAUAACAUAUGCAUAAACAAAUACUUUAAAAAUACAUAAAAAACGACAAAG